GGUUCUUUAAACCCUCUCUCUCUCUCUCUCUCUCUCUCUCUCUCUCUCUGUGGAUUUGUCAAGAAAUCAACCUCGAUAAUGGAGGCAAUGUUGGUACCACCAUGGCUUGAAUCCUUAUUAGCUAAAGAAUUCUUCUCCGUCUGCUCCGCCCACAAAAAUGCUCCCCGUAACGAGUGCAACAUGUUCUGCCUUGAUUGCCAUAAUGAUGCAUUCUGCUUCUAUUGUACAUCAACCUGCCAUAAGGAUCACCUAGUUAUUCAAAUUAGGCGAUCAUCGUAUCAUGAUGUUGUUAGGGUGGCUGAGAUUGAGAAGUUUUUGGACAUUAAUGGAGUUCAGACUUAUGUGAUAAACAGUGCCAGAGUUCUCUUCCUCAAUGAGAGACCUCAGCCUAAAAAUACUGGGAAAGGAAGCUCUCAUUUGUGUGAAAUAUGCAGGAGAGCUCUCUUGGAACCCUUUCGUUUUUGUUCAUUGGGAUGUAAGGUUGUGGGAAUAAAGAAAAAUGGGGAUUCUAGCUUUAUCUUAAGCAUGAAGAAUGAAGAAAUGAAGGAAAGAAGGGAAGGAAUACAAGGAAGAUUGGCACAAAAGGAAGAAGAAAAAUUGCGUGAAGGCAUCCAACAAGACAUGUACCGAAGCACGCCUCCUCCACCUCAUUCCAAUUCAAGAAGAAAGGGAAUCCCUCGUAGGGCACCUUUAGGGCCCUAAUGUUCCAACAACUUCCACAUCCACAGCUCAUUUCUCACAACCCCCACAUGUGGAUUAAUUAUUAAUUUAUUGUCCUAAACAAAUGGGGAAGUUGUCCUAUGGGUUAGGUUUAGGUUACUUUUAAUUAAGGAUGGGCUGCAAGUUAUGAAUUGUUUUGUGAGCGCACGUGUAUUGUUGUUAUCGAUUGGAAUAUAUAAAGUUGGA